AGAGCUGCGCGGGAUUGCAGAUUAGUCUAGAUUGUGCGGGCGCGGGCAGUGCUGAAAGGUUGUGGUUGUAGUUGGAACCAGCUCAUUCUCCCGAUUUGUUUUGAAGGUGACUAAGUGAAUCGGGCAAACAUGACUCGAGACUACAAACCAGGCGAUCUGAUUUUUGCCAAAAUGAAGGGCUACCCUCACUGGCCAGCCAGGGUUGAUGAUGUUCCAGAUGGAGCAGUAAAACCUUCCAAUGUUAAAUUGCCAAUUUUCUUCUUUGGCACUCAUGAGACUGCAUUUUUGGGCCCCAAAGACAUCUUCCCCUAUGCAGAAAACAAAGACAAGUACGCUAAGCCCAACAAAAGGAAGGGUUUUAAUGAAGGCCUUUGGGAAAUAGAAAAUAACCCAAAAGUCGAGCUCUCUGACCCAGAGCCGGUGGGGAGUGUGACCGGCAAGGACCCUGUAUCUGACAGCAGCCAAGAACAAGAACAGGAGGUGGAGGAAGAUGAAGCAAAGGCUGGAGAUAAAAGAAGAAAAUCCACAAGUGCCAAAGACACUACCAAGAAAGUUGCAUCUGACACCCCAGUGAAAGCCAAAAGAGGAAGAAAGAAAAAGAUUGUGGAUGUGGAACCAGAAUCUGAAAGGGAUGAAGUAAUUGCCAGCCCUGUAUCCAGCCCCCCAGUUGCUGAGGUUGUGACUCCCAAACGACGAGGCAGGAAACCUAAAGCAGAAAAGCUGCUGUCUCCUCCUCUUCCUCCUACCUCUGGGAGUGAGGUGGAUUUGAGUGAACCAGAGAAGAUGAAGCGAGGGUUGGAGGAGAAACCUACAAAGCCACAGAAAUCUGAGGAGGAAGACAAAAAGGAUGGGAGGAAGAGAAAGGAUGAAGAAAAGCCCACAGACACUGGGGAGAAAGAAAGCAAGAAAGAACCAGAGGUCAAACGGAGAAAAAAUGCCAAGGGAGGGACCUCGUCCGACUCUGAAGAAGAUGGAGAGAAAAACAAGAAUGAUAGGUUUGCAGCUGCCAAAAGGCGCAACAUCUUAAAAGCACAGCAAGAUAUGCUGGAGAUAGAAAAGGAUGAAAGGAGACGUAAACUUGAAGAGCAAAAGGCUUCAGAGCAAAGCAAAGAGGAUGGAAAGAAGCCAGAAGAAAAGAAAAAAGAUUUAUCAGCCGACUCAAGGCUUCAGCGGUUACAUGGAGAAAUCAAAAUAUCACUGAAGAUAGACAGCCCAGAUGUAAAAAAGUGCAUUGAGGCAUUGGAUGAGCUCGGAACACUCCAGGUUACAACUCAGCAUCUGCAAAAGCACAGUGAACUUAUUGCAACUCUCAAAAAGAUCCGUAGGUUCAAAGCCAGCCAGGAUAUCAUGGAUAAAGCCACUAUGCUGUACAACAAGUUUAAAACCAUGUUCCUCGUUGGGGAGGGUGAUUCUGUCAUCACUCAAGUGCUGAACAAGUCCCUUGCAGAGCAGAGGCAGCACGAGGAAGCCAAGAAAGGGGCCAUCAAGAAAGCUGAGCAAGCCAAAGAACUAAGCACAGACACCAAGGGAAUGAAUGGAGAUGUUUGUCCUGCAGAGAAAAAUCCAUCCCAGCAGGGCCAGGAUAAAGAAGAGACCACCGGCAGUGCAGAACAGAGCAGUGCUGGAAAAGAACAGACUGAAGAGGACUCUGAGAAACAGCAGGAAGGUGGCGCGUCUGCCUGAAAACUAGACUGAAAGCGGAGGAAACUGUCGCCACUGUUUAAUAUCGCAGCAACAGAACUGUUGUAUUUUACUUUUUGUUCUGUUUUUUAUUUCGUUUUAAUUACAGAUCUUUUCAGACAUUUUGACUUUGUUGUGACUGUACCCCAUAUUUGACAUUCAAAACUUGGUAGAUACUUGAAAGUUUUAAACCAAGUUUAUUUUUUAUAUUAAAAUGUGAUGUGUUUUAAAACUGUUACACCUCCUGUAAUCCUUUCUCCAAAGCCUUGCAUGUACAGCAGUACACAUUUUGGUAGAUUUGGUUGAAAGACCAUAAAAUGAAUGGCUUUAUUUUUAAAAGAAGUGCAAACAGACCAACUGCGUUUGAAUUCAGUAAAUAUUCCCUGGUUUUAUUCAUAAUCUGCCUUUUUCAAAAUGUUUGAAGUGUUUAGUAAGUUCUUUGUGACUCAACUCACAAUUUUGAAGAAUCCUUAGAUCAGAGUUGGAUUCAUCUGCUUUCACCGUUUCCAGGUCCUAAUCCUUUCUGUGAAGCUCUUUGAGUGUACCCCUUAUUUUUUGACACAUCGAAACCUUAAGCUUUAAGGCCCACCUAACUUUGAGAACUUUAAACCUAGGCCUAUAACUUUUGCUUGGGACACAAAUACUAGUGUGGUCAAAUUUAGCUGAUUUGUAAGUAACGUGUGUUGUUUUUAAACAUGUAAACGGUGUACUAAUUUGUAAUUGGUACAUCUGUGGGUUAGUCUUUUUUUAGUAGGAGCAGCGAAGAGUUCUGUUUCCUUGUUUUUUGUUAUUUUUGGUUAGUUGUACAUAUUUCUUAAAUACUGUUCAUUUGGAAUUAUUUUUUUUUUUUUAGAAUGUUUUUGUUAACAAUGCACCAAUAAAGCUACAGUAAACUACCAAAGUAGUUUUUUCUUUUUGCUUAAAAUUUAUAUUCGAAGAUAAUGCUGUGGUUAAAGUUCUCAUAAUUAAAGUUGUAUUAAGUGUUUUGUUCACAUGUUGUAUUUUACUGACACGUUUAUGUAAAUACAAAGUAUUUUUGUGCUUGGAGUUCUUAAUUGUUUUUUGCCACCAUUAAUAAAACUGUGUUUUCAAACAGUUUGUACAACUAAUGUUUUAUGCAACAUUAUUUACUGUGGAAAUGUGUGUGUUUUAUUUCCUUAGAAGCCUGGAUUAUUAAAUAAAAUGUGGGUUGA